AUGGCUGAGAAGGUACAUGCUCCCUCCUUUUCGGGCAACAAUAUCGAUACGGUGUCAGCAAGGCAACGGUUUGGAGCAGAUACGGGUAAAUCUAAAGGUUUUGGAAUGUGGGGAGGCUUUGCAGGGCCAGUCAAGUUGAACAACAACGUCGAUCAAGGGGUCAACAAGCCUACCAACAAGGGCUUUGACAAUUUCUCGACUGAUCGGUUUAGAAGUGGUUUCGAGGGCACGGGUUUUGGUGGCAAAGCUACUGAAAAGUCUGAAAGCCAAUCCACGAAUGCCGCCUUCGGGCCUGCAUUGAUUUGGAAAAAUGAACCUGAAUUCGGCACCAUGGGCAAUAAACAAGAAGAUGCCGUGCAAAAGGAACCAAGUAAGGCAUUUGACAACGUAUCGGUGCCAUCAAAGAGCAUGAAUUCUUUCCCCGGAAGCAGUUUUGGUUCGAUAAAUGCCGGCUUUGGAACGCUUCCAAAUGCACUGAAAACGGAACAUCCAGUCGCUCGCAAUAAUGGCCAACAAUUUGGUGCCCCUCGUCCAGGUUUCGACAUUCCGACUAAUAAAACGAGCUUGAUCGGUUUUGGUUCUGGUGGAAAUGGAAGUACAACUGGAUUUGGAACGGCAAACACGGGAGGCGUGUCAGGCACUCAAUCAAAUCGACAUGAGGCACAACAGCAAAAAGCUGGCUCAGAUGAUGGACUCGCUGGCUCAACAAAAGGAUCUCAUAACCAGAAGCAAUGCCACCUCAGCUAUUGGAUUUGGAUCUGCUACUUUUGGAACGUUUGCAUUGAAUCGGCAAUCCCAGCC